GAAUAUAUGCAAAUUCGAGCCCACCGUGAUGUAAACAUUCAGUAUUUUGAUCCGUUCAGUUUUCAGCAGCUAAUUAAAUUUUAUUACAACAAAGUUUUUCAACAAUGUCCUCUGUAAACGAUCCUGAACUACACGUAAAAGCGAAAAAAACCACUGAGAAAAUCUCUGAAAAUAUGCAUAUUAUUGCUAAUGAGCCAAGUUUAGCGUUCUACCGAAUCCAGGAACACAUCCGGAAAGUCAUUCCCUUGAUUGUCGAUCGUAGGGCGGAAGUUUAUCAACUGCAGCAAGAUUUGCAGGGAAAAUGUUAUGAUAUGGAGUAUGCCAUUGGAGCUGUGAAAGAGAUUGAAGCGGCGGAUCAAUCGUUCAAAAAUGUACAGGAAGCACUGAAGAACGCAAUCUUCCUCAAGCAGCAGCUCAAAUAUGUGGAAUCACGCAGGCCAAAAAAGGAUUCGAAUAGCUCCGUUUACAAGCGAUUUUCGGCCCACAUAACGCUGGAUUUACCUGAGCUGCCGGACAUUUCCGGAGUUGUGCGGGAAACUACCAAUCGAGUGGAACAUAUGAUGUCCCAGGCGAGACAUUCUUCAAAUAGUUCUGGAACGGGGCCAGCCGAGAUGCAGCGCUCGUAUACUACGCUCCAUUGAGGGGGCGGCUUCAGAUUCCGAUUAGUCUGAUUAUAUUAUUAUUGCACCUGAUGACGAUUUAUUAAAUUAUUUUUACUUUUUGUUGAAUCCAUAA